UGAUGGCCCUUCUCUUUAAACUCAUGCACGAUUGCUCCAGGUACGGCACUACCUGGCACUUUCCGGGCCGGAAUUUUUACACUCCCAGUGCUGAUCCAGGAGGAACAUCACAGCCAACACUGUGGGGACGCUGAUAUGAAACUGGGAUGAAGCUGCACCAAAGGAUUGUUAUUACUGAGGAGGAGGAGUCACACAAUCCCUUCACACAUGAAAGACUUGGCCUGAGUUAUUCUUCCACGUUUCAGGUUUAGCAGCGGAGCGGCUGCAGCAGCCUGGAAAUGACCAUGGAGAAGAUCCUGAAGGCAGAGCUGAACACCAACCUCCUGAAGGCACUGGGGAGCUCUGGGGGAGGAUGCAUCAGCCAAGGCCAAACGUAUGAGACAGACAGAGGACGGGUAUUUGUGAAAAUCAACCACAAACCUCAGGCUAGAAAAAUGUUUGAAGGGGAAAUGGCAAGUUUGGAAGCCAUUCAGAAAACCAAUAUUGUGAGAGUGCCUCAGCCCAUCAAAGUGAUUGACCUGCCUGGAGGAGGAGCCAUGUUUGCCAUGGAGUACCUAAAGAUGAAGCACCUCAACAAGUACUCUUCAAAGCUGGGAGAGCAGAUAGCAGAGCUUCAUCUUCACAACCAGAAACUUGGAGAGAAGCUGAGAGCUGAGGGAAGCACAAUUGGAAAAGGAGCCGGUCACUCUGAGGCCCAGUUUGUGGAUAAGUUUGGAUUCCACACAGCCACUUGCUGUGGUUACAUCCCACAGGUGAAUGAGUGGCACAGUGACUGGCCAUCCUUCUUCAUCCGCCACCGGCUCCAGGCUCAGCUGGAUCUCAUUGAAAAGGAUUAUGGAGACAGAGAAGCCAGAGAGCUCUGGUCACAGCUAAAACCAAAGAUUCCUGAAAUGUUCUGUGAUGUGGAAAUUGUUCCUGCUCUCCUGCACGGGGACCUGUGGGCAGGGAAUGUGGCUGAGGAUGACUCUGGGCCGAUUAUAUUUGACCCUGCCUGCUUCUAUGGCCACUCAGAAUUUGAGCUGGCCAUUGCUGGGAUGUUUGGGGGCUUCAGCAGCUCUUUUUUCUCUGCCUAUCACAGUAAAAUACCCAAGGCUCCAGGGUUUGAGAAACGGAACAAGUUGUAUCAGCUCUUUAAUUACAUCAACCACUGGAACCAUUUUGGGACAGGGUACAGGGGCUCUACCCUAAACAUGAUGAGGAAACUUCUCAAGUAACCAGGUACAUUUGAGAAAUUGUGACACAGUCCCCUAGGAAUGAGCAGCUCCUGCUCAUCCCCAGUACCACAAACUCAGAAUUGGUGAUAAAACACCUGAUAUGGGGAAGGUUUAAUGCACUUUGAGCCUCACUAACUAAAAGCAAUUGUGUAAUCUUUAACUUGGGCACUGGUUUCCCUGCACAGAUUCCUCCCUGCUGGAGGAAAGGGCUGCACUGUUUGGCAAGGCUGCAGUGGCCUGGAAAGCAGCACAGGCAGCCUGCCCCUGCUCCUCUCUCACCUCUGUGCUCUGCUCCCACACCUGGUCCUGUUCUUGUGUCUGCCCCUGUUAGUUCUGCUUUAGUUUUCUGUCUGUUCCCAGCCCUUUCCCCAUGAAUGUUUCCAUGGUCUUCUGUUUCCCUUUCCUUUCCUUUUGCUUGUCAAAUGUCCUAAUCCAAAAUUUCAGUCAGAUUCUGUGAAUCUGAAAACAUUCUCUGUUGAAGUUAAUGAGCAGACAAGGCCCUUUGGCUGCAUUUGGCAAACAGAUGUAAUUAAUAAUAUUUCUAAUAUUUAUUUUAAUUUAAUGUAAUUUACUCACUUUCAUUUUUCCCUUCCUAGAAGAACUGAAAUUCCAGUGGUAUUUUCUGGAAGGAUGUGUAGUUCCUUGGUAAUUAACUGUACAGUCAGAAGUAGGUUAUUACCACUCAAAGUUGAUAAUAGGAUUUAAUAAUUUUACUGUCAUAUUUCAGUGUGUUGUACUACAAUAAUAACAUAUUUAAAUAAUUUUGUGAAAACAGAGCAAAAUGUAGGAGGGAGGUGGCUGGGUGAGAGGAAGCACCUGUGGCUGCUGGGUUGGUUGGUGCUUGAUGUAUUUUCAGUUUUAGAAAACGAGUGCAGUGGGCAAAGCUGGUCUGUUGUGCCACCACUGGGUUAUGGAAGGAACAGUGUCAAAUCUGGUGGAUUCCUAAGGGGUUUCAUUGUUCCUUACUGCUUUAUUUUUACAGAAAACACAGGCAGUGGGAAUUUGGGGAGAAAAGUGUUCAGUAAAGAUACUGGUGCACAAUCUGAGCUAGGGUACAUCAGUGACUCUGGAGGAUUUUAAUGGAAGUAGCAAGGAGAUUAAAAGUAAGUGCAGUCCCACAAAUAUGAAUUAGAAGAUUUGGGUGAGAAUGACCGAGAAUUCAGACUUCAGAUGGUUGGCAUGACUAAUACUAAAGUAUUAUAUUCAAAAUUGCUCAGUAUAUUUAGACUUUUCUUAACUUUAAAUGGUUGUGCUAUAAAGAUUUAAUUAAGUUUAAAAUUUGAUGUUGUAAUUGGUUUAAAACAAUGCACUUUGCUCUCUGUAAAUGUGAUACAAAUAGUGAAAAAGUUUUGCUUCCUUUGAAUCAGGGGUUGGUUAUAAAACUUAACAGAACUAAAAGAGUGGGAAAGAACUAAAGCAGUGGAAAAGUAGAACUAAAGCAGUGGAAAAGUGGAACAGUAGAGUUUGGGAUUGUAGCUGAUGGCUGGAAGAUCUAGGUCUGAGCAAAGUGCAUGUGCACUGGUGUUUAUGGAUGUGAACAAACCAACCUGUAUCACACUGGGAACUACUUGUGAACUUAAAUUUCUUCUCAAAUAAAACACUUGCCCUGCAGAAA